ACACCAACAUAAUCAUCUUCUCUCUUACAUAUCUUCUUUUGUGAUUAAUACAUCAUGACUUCCGUUAGUAUCGACAUCGAGGUUCCAUCUUCAUUUUCUGCCGAAAAAGUUUUCAAGGUGUUUAGUGAUUUUGAUAAUAUUGCACCUAAAGUGAAUCCCGAACUUUUCAAGUCCAUCGACAUAAUCGAAGGCAACGGAGGUGUUGGAACCAUUAAGAUCUUCACAUUCGGUGAUGCGGUUCCAUUUACAAGCGGAAAAUAUAAGGUGGAUGCUAUUGAUGCAAGCAACUUUUGCUAUACCUACUCGUUCUUCGAAGGUGACAACUUGAUGGGCAUAUUAGACUCCAUCACAAAUCAUGUUAAAAUCAUACCUUCUGCCGACGGAGGAAGCAUAUUCAAACAAACAGUCAUUUACAACUGUAAAGGUGCCGAGAAGCCAUCUGAAGAGGUUCUUAAAAUCGAAAAAGAAACAUAUGAGAAAACGUUCAAGGCCAUCGAGGCUUAUGGUGUUGCUCAUUCUGAAAAUUAUUGAUUUUUCUCCGUCAACAUUUUCUAUCGUGGGCGAUUUCAAAUCCUUUCGGUAUCGUGUUUGCUGUUUCUCGAUUUAGUGUGGUUUGGAAUAAAGAUCAAGAUUCCAGUUAUGUAAUUUUUGUACUACCUUUGAUUUCGUUGCAUUUGUUACUAUAAGAAAUGAUGAGUGAAUAUGGAAUAAUUUUCUU